CUUUCUCUUCUCUUCUUCUUAUGUUUUUUUUCUCUGCACUAAGGACAAUCUCUCCAUUGUUGGCUUAGCUCUCUCUAUAAAUCUCGUGGAUUCAUACAAACCGAAGCCUGAAACCUUACAAUUCAAUUCCGGCGUCUGUGGGAGCAUACAAUGGCAGUUGUUUCCAGGGUAGGCCCGUUAUAUUGCAUUCAGGCUGACGUAACGCAGGGUAGGACAGUACAGCCUGUGGUUUUUGACAGGGCAAGGAUUGUGGAGGCAUCUACUAUGAAAGAAAAAUCUAUUGGUUUUUCUUCCUUGUCAAGCAGCUCUUGCAAGAUGGUGCGAAGUUUCCCUGUAGAAACUGAGGGUGUGGGGAUCAAAAGAGCGUGCAGGAUAAUUGUUGCAGCUAGUCCUCCCACUGAGGAUGCUGUGAUUACUACAGAGCCACUGACAAAAGAGGAUCUUGUUGGAUACCUUGCUUCUGGAUGUAAGCCUAAGGAGAAAUGGAGGAUAGGUACAGAACAUGAGAAGUUUGGUUUUGAGUUUGAAACUUUGAGUCCUAUGAGAUAUGAACAAAUAGCAGAGUUACUUAAUGGUAUUGCUGAGAGAUUUGACUGGGAAAAAAUAAUGGAGGGGGACAAUAUUAUAGGACUCAAACAGGGGAAGCAAAGCAUAUCACUGGAGCCUGGAGGCCAGUUUGAGCUUAGCGGUGCACCUCUUGAGACUUUGCAUCAAACUUGUGCUGAGGUCAAUUCACAUCUUUAUCAGGUUAAAGCUGUUGCAGAGGAAAUGGGCAUUGGAUUCUUAGGCAUUGGUUUCCAGCCCAAAUGGGGAAUUAAAGACAUACCUAUCAUGCCCAAGGGAAGAUAUGAGAUUAUGAGAAAUUACAUGCCUAAGGUUGGCUCAUUGGGACUUGAUAUGAUGUUCAGAACAUGCACAGUUCAGGUUAAUUUGGACUUCUGUUCAGAAGUUGACAUGAUCAGGAAAUUCCAAGCUGGUCUUGCUUUACAGCCUAUAGCAACAGCUCUAUUUGCAAAUUCACCUUUUAUGGAAGGGAAGCCAAAUGGUUAUCUCAGCAUGAGAAGCCAUAUUUGGACUGAUACUGACAACAACCGUACUGGCAUGCUUCCUUUUGUAUUUGAUGACUCCUUUGGGUUUGAGCAGUAUGUUGACUAUGCUCUUGAUGUUCCAAUGUAUUUUGUUUAUCGGAAAAAGAAGUAUAUUGACUGCACCGGGAUGUCAUUCAGGGACUUUAUGGCUGGAAAACUUCCAAGCAUUCCUGGUGAAUUACCAACCCUCAAUGAUUGGGAAAAUCAUUUGACUACAAUAUUUCCAGAGGUUAGACUAAAGAGGUACUUGGAGAUGAGAGGUGCUGAUGGAGGGCCUUGGAGGAGGUUAUGUGCUUUACCAGCUUUUUGGGUGGGCUUGUUAUAUGAUGAGGUCUCUCUACAAAAUGUUCUAGACAUGACAGCUGAUUGGACACCUGAAGAAAGACAAAUGUUAAGAAAUAAGGUUCCAAAGACUGGUCUAAGGACACCAUUUCGGGAUGGACUGUUGAAGCAUGUAGCUGAAGACGUUUUAAAGUUGGCAAAGGAUGGCCUGGAAAGGAGGGGAUUUAAGGAAUCAGGGUUCUUAAAUGAGGUGGCAGAGGUAGUUAGAACAGGUGUGACACCAGCUGAGAAACUUUUGGAAUUGUACCAUGGGAAAUGGGGACAAUCAGUAGAUCCUGUUUUUGAGGAGCUACUUUACUGAGGUGAACAAUGUUCUUGUGCAUUAAGUGACAGCCCCUUGCAUUAUGUAAACUGUCAAGUGUCCACUAUUUGGGCAUGGUUUUUUGGUUCUCUAUUGAAUGUUUCUAAUUUGCUCUUAAAAUAAAUUGUGAUUAUAAAUCCUUGGUACCGAGGAUUCUUGUGUAAACCAUCAUGGAAUACAUAAAGCGUUUGUUCAAGUCAAGCCACUUCAUAUAAACUCCUGAAGUAAUAAUUGUUGGUUUAUAACAUCAUUUAUUGUAACAAUUUUGAUCUUGACUCCAAAUCAAAAUUUUUAAGUUUU